AUUGUAGCUAAACAAGCAAAGGACACUGCAGAGGAUCAUGUGAAACACCUCAUGGAUGAAAAUGAGACCCUGAAGAGAAAAAUUGCAGAAUUACUGAAUGAAAUCAGUGACCUCAAUCACAUGGUUUCUAACAUGAAGAUGGAAGAGAGCAGGUUGAGGGAUAAACUUGCAUGUCUGGAGAAAGAGAAGCAGCAGCUGGAAGUUGCCUUGAGAGAAAUUGGAGACCAAGAACAGGACAUUUCAUUCGCAAAAAGAGCUUUGGAGAUCCGGUUGGAAGAAGUCCAGAGAAGCCUCAAUAACCGAUCACAGGAGUAUGAAGACGUAAAGGAAAGACUUGAUUCAGAAAUAGCUCAGAAGGAUCUUUUGAAGAAAAUGAAGAAUGAAAUGGAGGUCAAGAAAAGGCAGUUGGAGAAGAUGAUUGAGAAACUUGAGAAAGAGAUGGCUGAGAUGAGUCAGGAUUCUCAGAGGUCAAACCUUGAUCUGCGGAAGGAGCUUGAUGAGUACAAGGAAAAGAAUCGCAGUCAACUGAAUGUCCUGCAGCAGCAACUGAAAACUAAAGCCCUGGAGGCUGAGAACUCUCAACUAAUAACCAAGAAACUGCAGGAUGAGAUGCGACAAAUGCGAGAGGAGUUAGAACACUGUUGCUGUGAACGUGAUGAAGCUGUUCUGAAAAGCCAACAACUGAGGCAGAAAGUUAGUGACCUUGAGCUUGACCUUGAAAGUAAAACACAAUUCAAGGACGACCGAAAUCGACAGAUCAAGCAAAUGGAGGAUAAAUUGGCAGAAAUGGAAAUGGAACUGGAUGAAGAGAGAAGCAACUCAGACCUUCUGACGGAUCGCAUCAGUAGAGACAGAGAACAGAUUGAGCAGAUGCGAAAUGAACUUUUUCAGGAAAGAGCGACAAGACAAGAUCUGGAGUGUGACAAGAUUUCCUUAGAGAGACAGCACAAAGAUCUAAAAAGCAGAAUUGCAUAUUUGGAAGGAUCUCAGAAACAGACUAAGGAAGGAAUUGUUACCCAGCUGGAGGCAAGAAUCCAGGAACUGGAAGAUCGCCUUGAAGCUGAAGAAAGAGACAGAUCUGCUCUGCAAUUGAACAAUCGCAAACUUGAAAGAAAGGCCAAGGAGCUUAUGCUGCAAGUAGAUGAUGAACGCCUCCACCUGACAGACCAAAAUGAUCAGUUGAACCUACGGAUGAAGGCUCUCAAAAGGCAAGUAGAUGAAGCAGAGGAAGAAAUAGACCGCUUGGAAAAUGCAAAGAGAAAGCUGCAGAGAGAGCUGGAGGAACAAAUGGAAGCAAAUGAAGAACUUCAAGGACAAAUGAAUACUUUAAAAAAAGACCUCAGACGCAAGAAUUCAUCAGCGAAGGUUUCAUCCUCCGUUCUAAAUGAUUUUGACAAUGAUUACAGUACAGAUGAAGAAAGUCUCUACGACACGGGAUUUAAAUUGUUGAAGGAUGAUAAUGUGUAGAUGCAAACCCAAACUGAUGGCUAACCAUUAGAUAAAGGGAAGCAGCAAUGCAGUGGCAUAAUUCACUCUACGAGGUACCAUAUUCUGCCCUAGGCUUUUGUUUUUAAUUCCUUCGUUGCACUGAUGCUGCUUGAUAUGUGAAAUGUUUUAAGUGCCUGUCACUGCUGCCUCAUGCCAUGCUGUUUUCUUUCUGCUUUUGGAAUGCUUUGGACUGGUAAAGGAAGGUCAUAUUUUACUGCUCAUUCCAGCUGAAAGGAAUUUAUAAACAUGUCAACUUAAAGCAAAAAGACAUAACGAUCAGCAGUCAAUUGUUAAAAUGUGUACAGGUUAUAAAUAAAUAUAAAUGUCAAAUUAUUUUCCUUUAUUAUUUAAAAUACUAAAGUGCCAACAAUACUUUGGCCAAUAUCUUCUAUGGCUGUUAUAUUAACCUUGUACUUUAUCAGCUUUUUUUUUCUUUUCUGCUUUGACCCUAACGACACUGGCUUUAACUGGAGUAUAAUUCCCCAGCACUGGAAAUGAUUGCACUGAAGAUGCAUUUUCCCUUGUGGCUCCAGCCCUGUGAAUGUCCCAGUGAACCAUAGACAAGAUUAAUACCACAGGCUGGCAUCAACAAAGCUGCAUUUCUGUUCAGUGCCAUUGCAGCAAGAGCAGGAAUUUCUCCCUGCCCUGCAUUCGAACCCAAAGUAACUAAGGUCCAAUUAUCGUACCCGUGGUCUAACUGAGCUGAGACCUGCUAACUCAGCUCAGCCUGUGCAGUGAAGUGACACAUGUGCCAGUCUCUGCAGCUCAGCUGUUCACUGCCACAAUUGGCUGGGUCACUGGGAGUACUUGGUCUCAUCAUUUGAUGUAAGCAGUCUGUAUUAGCUCCUUCACUUGUCAUGACCACCGUACAACUAAACCGCAGAAAAGAACACAUCCUGGGUUCACUUCCCCCUUUCUGGGUGCUGUCAUUUAGCAUCCGACAGGGGUAGCAGUAGGUGUGCCAACAGCUAACCUCAGUGCCCUUGGGAUGGAAAGGGAUUUGAAAAAAUAUUGGCUUCCCAUGGUUGUUUAGUGACCCCUGCUGGAAAAUGUGUGUGUUUUCAGACAACGGCAGGGAAAUCAUUGAUAUUUGUGGAGAAGGAGAAAUCUUUAACCUCGAAGGAUUGUUGGAGGUGUAUUAAAAAUGGGAAUCCACCUCUACAUCUUGAACAGAGUUGGCUUAGUGUCAGGUUUUCUAUUUUUUACACUUCUAAAAUUAAAAUCAGCCCUGUAGAGCUAUGUUGGUCAUUGAAGUAUUUUAAUGAGGCUGUGUGUCUUGGAACUUGGGGGUCACUUUAGCAAAAAACCAUGGGUUUUAGGUUGGGUGAGAGAUUUAAAUGUCAAUAACUGGAAAUUGAAAUGUAACUUGCCUUAAUCAGCCCUAUGUCCAGUGAGACAAGGAGCAGGUGACAAAUCCCUUUUCGGGAGGACGAUCCAUCUUUGAAACCUUUUUAAGUAGGCUGUAUGAUUCAGUUUUUGCACAGUUUCUAUUUUUAAACUAUUUGGCAGCUUCUGAGGCUCUGCAAAACUCGAGAAUUAAAAGGAACCGAGAAGUGUUGGGUCCAUCGGGAAAAAGCCUUUUACAGUGUUGCCCGUGAGCCAGAAGGAGCACAAAUGUUUCCUGGGGCCACUAUCAGACAUUGAAAUAUUGCUCCAAUAUCCACAGUAUCCCCUCCCAAUCCAAUAUGCAGCCACAUCAGUAAUCCUUUGCUACAAUCACUGACUCCAAGCUAUUCCUAACUCCCUACCUCUCCCUGACACUUCCCAGUUCUUUAACCUACCCUCUCCCAUUUCAUGACCUUUACCACUAAUGAUUGUGAAAACUAACUGAUCCUACACUGCCUUUUCUGGAAAAUAUUCUGUCAGUCAAACUGGUUUCCACAUAUAGAUUUUGUUUUUACAAAACAAAAUGUCUGUCAUAGAAUUAAAACACACUGUUUGGGGAAACCUGUCCUUGCAGGCUCCAGUCUAUAACUACAUUCCAACUGCCCCCCACCAGCUCCACUGAAUGUGGGCCCCUUCUGCUCCAGCCUGAACACUGGUCAGUUGGGAAAUCCAGCAGCUGAAGGGAGGCCAAGCCUACUAGAUGGAACAGUUAAGCGCUUUUCCUGUAUUGCUUGUGGCUGCAAUGUAGUCACCCACCUGUGGCUCACCAAGUUGAGCGUCCAUUCUUUGUUAUUCUAAACAUCACCCCUGCCUCCCACUUGAUUAUCUGAACCCUGGCUGUGGCUAUGUGCAUAAACAUACCCUCCAACAUACUUUCAAUAUGGCUUGUUGUGAAAAACCUGAAAUGAAGUCUUAUGGUUAAAUUCAGAAGACCUACAGGAAAUCCAUAUUUCUGGAUUUCUCAGCCGUUAAAUCUCCCCAACCACUUGCCUCCAACCUCUCCAUUAUAAUUGGAGCCUUACCUAAUGGGUUCACACAUAAAGAAUGACCAAAAGGAGCCUGUAUUAUGGGACAGUAUGCCAGCAUGUUCUCUGCCUUCAGGAGUUCUGUAUCUUAAGGAUUAUACACUUGCCAUUCAAAAUUAGAAGGAAGUUACAAACAUUUUUAACAGUGGUCCUGCCAGUGCAGGGCCUAUGAAUUAUGUCUCUAUUUUUACAACAGUAGAUCUGCCAUUGAGUAUUUCCUAUUUUUGAUAUAACCUAAAUGUAUUGAAAUAUCAGUGUUUGAAUGUUUUUGAAAAUAUGACCUGGAGCUGAUGCUCUGUUUUAAGUCUUUUCUUCAUUAUGUAUGUUACUCAAAAAUAGUUCCACUUUCUGUGUUUGUUUCAGUAUGUAUGUUAUCCAGGAAUAUGUUGAUGUUUGUCAUCUAAGUCUGAAUAGCAAUGAUUUUUUAAUCUAUAUAUUGUAUAAAAAUAUUUUGCUAAGCUGAUUUUUUUUAUUAUUCAAGUAUUGUAUAAUGGAAGCUAAAAUAAAUGCACACUGUUGAGUGACAAUCAAUAAAGUGCAAUACAUCUGCAAACACUUAGUGUGAUUUAUUCUACCAGGAAGAUAUGGAGGGGUGAAUAGUCAUAUUUGGGUGUCAUAAACUACACCACUGCUGAACAUCUUACUCUACAAAUGUAUUUGCUACUUUCUGUUCAGGACACUAGAACUGUACAAUAUUUAACUGUCUUUAAGCACUGAAGCUACCUCCAUGCUUACAAAACUGUAAGAUGCCAAUUACUACAAAUAAAAGUUU